AUGGCUUCUCUUCGCUCACUAUCUCGAGUCGGCCUCUCCUCCAAGCCAACCAUGGCUCUGACUCGCUCGUUCCAGACAUCGACCAUCAAAUCGGUGCCCAAGAUCGCCGCAGCUAUGGCUGGGCCGUCGAAGCAGCAGCAGAAACCUUGCACUUAUCGUAGCAUCUCGUCGUCGGCGCCCGCCAAGGAUGCCGGGCCCGACGGACCCUUGCCGCUCAUGUCGGUGGCCAACCGCGGCUCGAACCAGCUCUCGCUCGAGACGCCCAAGAACGGCGUCGAGUACGUGCUUUCUUCGAUGGACAAGAUGGCCAACUGGGCACGUCAAUCGAGUUUCUGGCCCAUGACGUUUGGUCUCGCGUGCUGCGCCGUAGAGAUGAUGCACGUUGCCACCGCACGAUACGAUCAGGAUCGCUUGGGUGUGGUUUUCCGUGCGUCGCCGCGUCAGUCGGACUGCAUGAUCGUCGCAGGUACCCUGACCAACAAGAUGGCACCGGCGUUGAGAAAGGUGUACGACCAGAUGCCCGAACCGCGAUGGGUCAUCUCGAUGGGCUCGUGCGCUAACGGAGGUGGAUACUACCACUACUCGUACUCGGUCGUCCGGGGUUGUGACAGGAUCGUUCCCGUUGACUUGUACGUGCCUGGAUGCCCUCCUACAGCCGAGGCGCUGCUCUAUGGCUUCUUGCAGUUGCACAGAAAGAUCAGGAGGAACAGGAAGACCACGCUUUGGUACCGAAAGUAA